AUGAGCCCUUUGAAUCAUCUCAUUCUGGUCUGCUGCCAUGCCAUCUACCUCGGAGGCCCUAGCCAUGGCGCCUCCGAAGACGAAUGGCUAAUCGAGCCAUUUCAGCAGGGGGAGACACCUACUUUCACCAGUCAUGCCAAGGCUGGGUUGAAGGCUUGGGCGGAGGAUUCGCGUGCACUGCUAGUGUUUUCGGGAGGUCCCACUAAGAGACCGAGAACACAGCUUGCUGAAGGGCAAUCUUACCUGAAUCUGGUCAAAGACAACUACUAUUUCCAAAACUCGUGCAAAAAGUCAAUUGACGAAUCAAGGAUUAUAGCAGAGUCCCAUGCCACAGACUCGUACCAAAAUGUCUUGUUUUCCCUACUGCAGUUUCGAUUACAUGCGGGCGUCUAUCCACGGCGAGUUACAGUCGUGACACACGAGUUCAAGCGGGCGCGGUUUAUGGAAUGUCACUUCCCUGCGGUGGGAUUACUUCCUUGGAAGGGGGCACAGGAUGCGGACCACAGCUCGGUUUCCGUUAUAGGGAUCAAUCCCCCUGAGACCAUCAGUCCACUAGAAGUUCUAAUCCAAGGCGAGUCGAAACGUGGGAUCGGGCUCUGGAGACGGGAUUUAUAUGGGGUUGGUGUGGAAUUGGCCGGCAAACGAAACCAACGUGGCUGGGACCCGGGAAUGAAGGACAUUUUUGUUGAUAAGGGACUGGAAGAGGUGGUGGAGCAGUUAGUUUGCUGGGAUGGAGGGCAGUGCAAUGCGUGGUUCUCGAGGAUGGAAGAACUGCCCUGGCAUUACAGAGCUCCAGUGGGAUGA